CAGUCAUUACUAUGGGCGUGGAACCUGUAAAAAGGGGACCUCGCAGCAGUAGACAGUAGUUGCAUUUACCAGGCUGAUUUAUUUUGUGAUGGGAAACACUGACGACCUAUUAACGUUUCAAGUUAAAUACUGAGGAUAUUUACCCGGACACUAUGGACAUCAGCAUUAUAACUCUUGAAGAUUCAUCGCCUCUGAAAGUCGUAUGACAGACACUCGCGCAGGUAACCUGCAGAAAGAUCAACGGCACGCGUAUUUCCCACAUCGGAUGAGUCGAGGCCGGGAAGCAAGAUUGAUGUGCACACUGACAUCGUUCCGUUGAUACCUCCAUGCUGAAGAAUUGUCACCGGGCGUGUGCUGCAGAUAUUCGGCCCCCACUCCAUCUUCACGUCAGGAAUAGCCAUGGCAAUCAUCUGGAAACAUCAGUGAUUCAACAAUUAAAUCGCCAUGGAAUCGGGUGCCGAGCCCGAUGGAUUUAAAUACCCAGCUCUUCCCAAUUCACAAUGUGAACUCAACAUAAAUAUGUAUGAGACUAUCAGAGAUGGAAAUGUCACUAAUAUGGACACUUCGACGGUCGUGAGAGGUGGGAGCGACCCGAGUGCAUAUCCUCCAUCGAAUUAUCAGCGGAUCGUGCGCCAAAGAUUUAUCAGGAGAAGUUUGUGGUUCUCAGACUCUGAUGAGCAGGCCUUUGAGGUGCCAGAAUGUGACAACAGGAGUAAAAUCCUCAACAUAAGCCUGCGCACGAUACUUGACAGGACACGGGGGGCUCGGUUGGGGCCACAGGAGGGUUCCAGUCCCGGGAGUCAAGGGGGGAAGAAAGACAGCGCCACGGAGGGCGCCAGCGCUGAUGAGAAGGAGAAAACUGUGGAUAAAUUGAAUGUUACAUCCACCGAAGGCAGUAAAAACACUGUCAGAACUGCUAGCGAGGAGGAAGAGGCUGAGAUGAAAGCUGUUUCCACAUCCCCUGGGGGACGGUUUCUCAAGUUCGAUAUCGAGCUCGGGAGAGGGUCCUUCAAGACUGUCUAUAAAGGUCUGGAUACCGACACCUGGGUGGAAGUUGCCUGGUGUGAACUUCAGGACCGUAAGCUGACCAAAGUGGAGCGUCAGCGGUUUAAGGAGGAGGCCGAGAUGCUGAAGGGGCUGCAGCACCCCAACAUCGUCCGCUUCUACGACUUUUGGGAGUCACCCGUCAAAGGGAAGAAGUGCAUUGUCCUGGUGACUGAGCUCAUGACCUCCGGAACACUCAAAACGUAUCUGAAGCGCUUCAAGGUGAUGAAACCCAAGGUCUUAAGGAGCUGGUGUAGACAGAUCCUAAAGGGCCUCCACUUCCUCCACACCCGGGACCCUCCUAUCAUCCACAGGGACCUGAAGUGUGACAACAUCUUCAUUACGGGCCCCACCGGCUCCGUAAAGAUAGGAGACCUGGGGCUGGCCACGCUCAAGAGGGCCUCCUUCGCCAAGAGUGUCAUAGGCACCCCAGAGUUCAUGGCCCCAGAGAUGUAUGAGGAGCACUAUGACGAGGCAGUGGACGUCUAUGCCUUUGGGAUGUGUAUGCUGGAGAUGGCCACCUCAGAGUACCCCUACUCGGAGUGCCAGAAUGCUGCACAGAUCUAUCGCAAAGUCACCAGCGGAGUGAAGCCUGCCAGCUUCAACAAGGUUGUGGAUCCUGAAAUCAAGGAGAUUAUUGGCGAGUGCAUCUGCCAAAAGAAAGAGGAGCGGUACUCUAUAAAGGACCUGCUCAACCAUGCCUUCUUUGCGGAGGACACAGGGGUGCGGGUGGAGCUGGCAGAGGAGGAUGAUGGGAAAAAGGCAGCUAUCGCCCUGAAACUAUGGGUGGAAGACCCCAAGAAGCUGAAGGGGAAGUACAAGGAGAGUGGCGCAAUUGAGUUCACCUUUGAACUGGAGAAAGAGACUCCAGAGGGCGUGGCCCAAGAGAUGGUGGAAUCUGGGUUCUUCCAUGAGAGUGAUGCUAAGAUCGUGGGGAAGUCUAUCCGAGACCGUGUAGCGCUGAUCAAAUGGAGGAGAGAGAGGUCCGUAUUGGCAGGACCCCCAGUGGACAUAGGAGAGGCAGGACUCGGGGCCCAGUCAACCCCGGCCCAGGGGGCCUCUGCUGGGGCUACACAGGCAGUACAGCCCCCUCUGCUGGAGCCAGAGGCAGACCAGCACGCCAGGCUGUGUAACCUUCCAGCCAGCGCCACCUCUGUCACAUCAGACAGUACGUUUGACAGCGGCCUGGGCUCCGCUGUGUACUCUGACUCCCACAGCAGCCAACACAAUGUCCUCUACCAGUCCCUAGUGGAGCCCAUCACCAAGGCAACGCAGCAGCGUCACCGCAGUGGUCUGUAUUUGGCUUCAGCACGCCCCCGCUCCUGUGAAAAGGGCGAGGGGUGGAAAGGAGCCCUAGGGCCAGAGCUCCGAGUGGGGGUAGGAGCAGGGGCAAGGAGAGGGAGUGCCUCUGUCAUUGACACUCUAAGGGGCAACAACGUCACUCUUCAUAUGCUCCUGCAACCUCUGACCUCUGGGCCCUGCAGCCCACAGAGAGCUGCCAGUCCUGCCCCCACAUCACCAGACAACCAAACAGAGAGCAGCCCCUCUGAGUUCUGCUCCGAGGCAGAGGACGGCUUCCCUUCUCCGAGUGCUUUGCCUGCCCCCCUCCUCCUGGCCCUCCCUGACCCCACACACUCUGAGGCCCGGCGUCAUAGUGACUCUUCUGUGGAAUCCCAGACAUUGGAAGCCACCAAUGCGAGCAGGGUUAAAUCUGUAUCAGGUGGGAGGAGGCAUUCGGACUUCAGCACCCUGCUGAGUCUAAACUCUGCCCAUCAUCAUCACCACUACCACCAAGGCGCACCCAGAAAGCAUCUCUGCCAGGCCUGCUUCUCUCUGCUGCUGAAGUCACAAGAAGGGUGGCACAAGCAGCAGCACAUCUCCUUUCCCUUUCCACCACACCCCUGUGGGGUAGCGACAACUGCAGGGUCAGGAGGGGUGAAAGGUCAAAUAGGAAGUGACUGCUCUGACCUCUUCUUACUACAACAGAACCUGAUGAACAUCAUCAGUCGUAAAACCACCCUAUCCAACCAGGGCCAACCCUCCCUCCUCCACCUACCUGCAGCCCAGCAGCCUGCCAAGAACUAUGGGGAUGGGAGUCUGAACUUACCCCAGAGAGGCAGCUUCAGUGGUGGCCACACUACACCUCCUCUGGCCAGGCCCACACAGGACCGCAGGGCCAGCUACUGCGCUGGGGACCACCGAGCCACCGGGCCCCCGGGAGUGACACCCACCACAGCCAGCUUCUCAGCUGUAGCUUUGCAACACACCCCAGCUUCAGCAAGUUACUCGGCAUCAAACAUUCCUCUGCAACAGAAUCAUACCGGACAGAGCUACCCAGCUCCACCUCAGCAACAGACCGCAACAGCAGAAAGUUAUACAACUGCAAAUGUACCACUUCAACAGCCUGCAGCAAGCUUUUCAGCGACAACCAUGCCACCGCAGCAGCCACACACUGCAGCAGCAAGCUACACAGCAGCAACAAUGCCAAUCCAGAGGACACCAACUCCACAGAGUUAUGUUGCUCCAGCUCUGCAACAGCUGACUCAAACUGCAGCGAGCUACGCAGCUCCAACUCUGCAACAAAACCCAACACCAGCAAGCUUCUCAGCAGCAGCAGCUUUGUCUGUCCAACAGACUGUAUUGGCAGCUACCAUAGCGGCAGCUACCAUAGCAGCAGCAACAAAACCCUCACAACCAGCUGCACAGAACUACUCCGCUCCAGUGGGGCAUCUCCAACAGACUGCACCCACACAGAGUUAUGCAUCUGUAGCCCCAACUGUGGUCCACACAAUACCUAUACCCAGUCUCCCUACUUGGACCCCCAGUGUAGCAACACAACCUCUAGCUUCUGUUGUGCCUCCCCCAGUCCAGCCUUGCCCAGCCCCACACAGCCUCUCAGACAAAGCCAUGCCUUCCAUUCUGCAGCUUGGCCAGUGUAGUCCCAUGCAUCACAGACAGCAGACAGUGCAGGUCCCCAUUCAGCAGCAACACAUCCAGCAAAUGGCACAGACCGCUGUCCAACAGGAUAGUCCCAUGCAGCACAGCCAACAGACUGUGCAGGUCCCCCUACCCCAACACAGCCAGCCGUUGGUUAAGCCUACUGUCCAACAGGCUCCAGUUGUCCAGCGCUACCAGUCACCUGCCCAUACUGUGCAGCAAGGUUCAACCCUCCAGAGUUACCCCAGUUCUGUACCCCUGAUGGGGCAACAGAACUCUGCUUCACAGAGCUACCCACCCUCAGCCCCACACAUACAACAGGCUGCUUCACAGAGCUACCCACCCUCAGCCCCACACAUACAACAGACCCACACAACACAACAGGCUGCUUCACAGAGCUACCCACCCUCAGCCCCACACAUACAACAGGCUGCUUCACAGAGCUACCCACCCUCAGACCCACACAUACAACAGGCUGCUUCACAGAGCUACCCACCCACAGCCACACAAGCUGCAACGGUGCAAGGCUACACAUCACUCCAACCCAGUGUGAUGGGUCAGGCCUAUCCAUCUGCUCAGGCUCCACAGCAGGCCGCAGACCCACAGACCUACCCAGUGGCCCCCAUAGUGCAACAACAGACUGGGACUACUGCACAGCACAGCCAGGCCCAGGUGGCCCCACUAUCCCCAGGCCAGCAGUACCAACGCUAUCUCCACAACCCAGCUUUUCUGAACCAGAAUGUUCCUGGGGGUCAAAGCCUUCCCCAGCACCACCAAUCAUUAUCUAGUCUGCCUGCCCAGGCAUUGCCUCCUCAGCAGCCAUUGGCUCAGGCCUCUGACCCUCUGCAGUUGCAGCCACUACAGAUGUCCACUUCUCUUCCACCAACACACCUUUCACAGUUUCCCUCACCGUAUCCCAACAUCCAAGUGGUGACACCUCUGGCUGGAUAUGACUCCUACCCUCACCCCUGCCCUGUUCCCCAGUCCUACCCCUCCUCCACUGCCCCAUCUCUGCCCCCUCUCUACCUCUCCCCAGGCCAGCCUGCCACUCUGCCCCCCUCUGUCUCGCCCCUUGCCCCCCUGCAUAUAGGGAACGCUCUGGUGCCACCCACCUCUGUGUCCUUGAUACCCUCACCCACAACCCUGCUGGCCAUGGCAACACCCACACUGCCACAGCACCUGCAGAUGUACCCUGCUGUUUUGCAACAGAGUGUUAUGACACACACACACCCUGCCUCACUCCCUGGACAACAGAACACACAACUGCAGAAUACGCACCACAUGAACCCAGACAAUUCUUCCCUACCCCUACCUGUUCAACACAACACACCCCCCACAUACUCACACCCUGCCGCUGCACCUGAGCUUGCUCUGCACAGCUCUCAGCCGUUAAGACAGGUCAAGCAGCAGACCCAGCUUCCAGAUCCAGGCCACCCCUCCCAGCCUACCCAUCUUGCAGUUUUCUCCUCUCCCAUACAUAGUGGGUCGGACAGGGGCACAGUCACUGCCGCAGCCCAGCUUGACCAGAACCUCAGCCAAACCCUGUCUCGGCGUCAGGCACUAGGCCAGAACCAGAGCCAACCCCUGGCUCCAGCGUCACAUCCACCAGGCUCCCAGACAGCAGGACCUGGGCCUGCCAGCACCAGCUUGACACAGCAGAACCAGGCCAGUGCCAGCACAGGGACGACGGUCACCUCGGCACAGCCUCUAACAGAGUCCAAUCUGGAGGAUCCUGGUGCAGAGAUGCAAGCUUCAGGGGCCAGCUACUCCUACGACAGUGUGAACUCCGAUGCCACCUCAGGGAAGGAGAUGAGCGACGGUAAUGAGGGGACACAUGGGUCAGGGAAGGGCGAGGGGAAGGUCCGGAAACCCCACCGCCGCUCCACACGCACCCGAUCACGCCAAGAGAAGAUCAACAAGCCCAAACUCAGCAUGCUCAACGUGUGUAAUACAGGGGAUAAGAUGGUGGAGUGUCAGCUGGAGACCCACAACCACAAGAUGGUCACCUUCAAGUUCGACCUGGACGGAGACGCACCUGAGGAGAUCGCCACUUACAUGGUGGAGAAUGACUUCAUCCUGCUCCUGGAGAAGGAGAUGUUUAUAGAGCAGCUGAAGGACAUUGUGGACAAGGCUGAGGAUAUGCUGAGUGAAGACACGGAGGGGGAGAGGAGCUCUGACCACGUGGGCAGUCCUCAACAGAGCCACGGAACAGUCAUACUGGGGGGAGAGGGUUCAAAGACUGCUACACCUAAUUCACCACAGCUUGUUUACCAGCAGAACGUCCUCCACACUGGGAAGCGCUGGUUCAUUAUCUGCCCCGUGGCCGAGACGCCCACGCCAAACAGGGAGAAGACCUCAUCAAAUGCCUCUACAGCCAAGGAGGCUCCUGAUACGUCAUUGUCUAGGUCCAGCUGCAUUACUACUCCUCCUGUUCCUGCCCUGACCACCACAGCCCCUACUCCAGCCCCGUCUGCCCUCCCUGCACCCCAGAGCUCUGCUCAGCCUCAGGACCCUAAUGUGGGCGAGGCCAGAAUGCAGCAGCCCCAGGCCUCUGGAACCAAACCCACCACCAAUACUACCACUGCUGCUGUGGGCCGCCACGAGCCCUGUGUCUCCAUGGUAACAGACAUCCCAUGCUGCCCCAUUGUUCCACCCGUGUCUCUGGAUGUGAAUGGGGUGGGACAUAAAGGGGCGAGCGGCACUUCCUCUUGUCUACCCAAUCAGGGGGCCAGCCUGUCAGGAGACCCACCCCCUCUGGGCUCCCACCAACCUGUGGUCUUGCAGCAGCCCUACGCCACACCCAGCAUGGUGGGUGGAGGAGGUGAAGUCACAACACCAUCACAGCCCCAGAGUCCAGCCCACCAGGCCUCCCAGCAGCAGGAUGGACCUGGUGGAUCCGGGAGUGGAGGUGGUGGGGGCCUGGGGGAGUCUGAUGGAGAGGGCCCCCCCAGGGUGGAAUUUGUGGACCGCACUAUCAAGACUCUUGAUGAGAAGCUGAGGAACCUGCUGUACCAGGAGUACGCCCCAUCUGCUCCCUCCAGUACCGCCUCAGACCUCCAGGGCUUCAGCACAGAGGGGGUCAGCUCUCCCCUUGUCUCUGACAGCCAGACCAUCACAGAGGGGGGGCUCCCCAGGAAGGGAGAGCUGCUGCCUCAGAUACCCGAGCGUACAGAUAGUUUGGAUACCCUGAGUGCCUCUGCAGCCUGUAAAGGUGUGCUGAACACUAACAUGCUGGGCAGUUCCAGUUCCUAUGGUUCCAAGAGCCGUUUUCAGAUCAUCCCCACUCCUCCAGACGUCAUCAUCCGUCGUUUAGAGAAGGCCAGAAGUCGCAGCACCUGCAGCUCCACGGCUCCCUCUAGUGGCUCGGGGGGCUCUCACGCUGCAGCUGAGGGGGGAGGACGGCGAGACCAGGGGUGUAUGGCCGUGGGCAGGUUUUCAGUGAUAACCACCGAAGAGGGGCUGGAAAACACCCCCAAACCUCACUGUAGCCACCGCUACUCAGCCCCCCCAGACUUCUACCAGGACACUCCCACCUCCAGCCCCAAUGCCACCCCCACCCUGCUCCCACGCGCCCACACUGCUGACGCUGCCACGAACUACUCCUUCCACUUCGACUCUGACUCAGGGGAGGAGGACACCAGUAGUUUAGCCCCUCCCCCUGCCCACCACAAGCCUCCAGCCCACGCACUCUCAGAACACAGCGGAAGUGACCUCAUGAAGAGGGCGGUGGCCUUCCUGCGCCGCACGGGCCGCAGCAGCAGUGUGCAGAGCUCUGAUUCGCCGAGCCGGCGACCCGCGGUAGCGAACGGCCACGCCCUCUCGCCGCCUGGACCCGGCCCCGCAUCGUACAUUAGCAGUGACAACGAUUCUGAGUUUGAGGACGCGGACAUGAGGAAGGAGCUGCAGAGGCUGAGGGAAAAACACAUGAAGGAGAUCUCAGAGCUGCAGGCGUUCCAGAGGAAUGAGAUCGAGCAUCUGUAUAAAGAGGUGGGGAAAGCCCUGCCGCCUGGUGUAGGCCUGCUGCACGCUGCGCCCCCUAGUGGCCGCAGACGUAGGGCCAGCAAACACAAGCUGAAGGCGGGCAAGCUGCUCAACCCCACGGUGCAGCAGCUGAAAAACAACCUGAACACCACCACCGCCGGUGAGAGGAAAGGUGAGAGUGCACCGGGCUUGUCUGGCUCUCCAGCUAAGAGCUCCAUCGUGUCUGACGGCUCUGACUGCUCCAGUGGCAGCAGCAGUAGUACCAGCAGCACUCUGCCCAGCACGGCCCCAGAACCCGUCCAGACCCAGCAGCCUUGUUCUCUCAAGGGCUCCCUCUCCUCUGACAGCAUCUAUGGUGGUGGCAUGGCCACACACGCUGGCCCAGGGCAAGGAUGGACGGUAUACCACCAAACGUCAGAGAGAGUGACCUAUAAAUCUAGUAGCAAACCGCGUGCUAGAUUCCUCAGUGGACCCGUGUCUCUGUCCAUCUGGUCCACACUGAAACGACUAUGUCUAGGCAAAGAGCGCAGUAGUAGGUCUUCUCACGGCGCCAGUGCAACUCAGACAGCGUCCAAUCAGCAACAGCCACCAGCUGUUCCCACCCCUUCGUCAUCUCCUCAACCAAUGGCGGCGCUAGCUCAGGCCCAGACGAACAACAGCAACAACAAGAAGCCAGGCACCUUCACGGACGACCUGCACAAGCUGGUAGAUGAUUGGACGAAGGAGACGCUGGCGGCCAAUCAGCCACGGCCCUCUCUGAACCAGAUCAAACAGCAGAGACGCAGGCAGGACCUGGAGGGCCGAGCCACGCCCAUGGGAGGAGCCACACAGGAGGUGAGAUGUGCCAUCCUUCCAAACAAGUUCCAGCUGCCUCUGUCCUGUCCGCUGACAGCUGUAGGCCUAGCCAUGCCCACUGACCUGGGCUCCAACCCCUCUGCCAUGCUCCAGCCCGGGUACCUGGUACCAGCAGGUCCUUAUGGAGGGGUUGUGACCGGCCCCUUAUACCCCCAGCAGUGGUCUGGUAUGCCCAGUCCUGUGGGGAUGAUGGGGUCAGCAGAAGGAAUGCCCUACCCCACCAUGGCCAACCCAGGGUUGCAGGCGUACCCCCUUACCCUGCACAGCCCUGAGAAUGGCCCUAACACCAGGACUACCUAAUGUGACAAAUAGCACCUUCUUGCACCCAGCAAACCCCCACCCCAUCGCACCUGAUGCUCAAAACAGACUUCCCCCAACGUUCCCCUCUAUCCCAGCACCCUCACAUCAGGACUGUCUAACUAACAGGCCUUUCCUAAUUCUGUGCUGAUAACCUAACUCCACUCUGUCCCCCCUGGUUCUCACUCCAGGGUUACAAUUGUAAUGAAAUCAGUCUAAUCACUUUUAAUGGGGUGACGGGACGGAAAAUAGAAUAAAGUAGGGCCCACACAUUAUAGAUGCACCAACAAAUGGCUUAUGGGUCGUUCCACCUCAAKGCACAAGAAAGAGGAUUUCGACAACCACCAUCUCCGAUUGUGCUCAAAUUGUUUCUGUAGUUAGAAACAUAAGAUUAGCAUUCCUGAAACAAUUUGUUGAAGUAUAAUUUGUUACUGCCACACCCUUUUAUAAAUUUCACUGAUAUUUAGUGUUUAUUAAAUGGAUCACAACAUUUGAUUUGCCACUUUGGGUAGAAAACCAUUGGCUUUAGCUUAAGGGAAUAUGUUACAUAGGAUGAAGAAGCAAUACUCCAAGUCAGACAUAGAGAACUGUUGCUGUAUACUGGGUGGGAUUGGUGUGGGGGGUCUGUGGGUGGCGUUUGACCAUUUUUAUUGGAUUCCUUGUGUCUUACUCGAUUGUAGGAAGAAGUUUGACCCAAAACGUAUGUUUGGUACAAUAUGUAUUGAAUAUUAUGUGAAUCCUAUAAAUUAAAAGGGCCAAUUUGGGUACAAUCAAUUAGCUUGAUUUCUCAAAUUUCAACAAUGUUGCAAGAAUGCCAAUCUUAUGUUUCUAACUACAGAAACAAUUUCCGAACAAUCUGAGAUGGUGUCAUGGCUUGCUGAAAUGACAUGGGAUGACUCUUAUGUGUUGAGUACACAUAAGAGUGUGUCUGAGUACUGGCCCCUACUUGACUGUAUUACUCAACCCCUCCAGUGUUCCUAUAUGCAGGAUYGUCCUGCUCCACUCUGCUCUGAUUAUGUGGGUUGAUGCUUUAUCAAAGAGUAACAUGCAUGUAAAUAACCUGUGAGCUUGUAAAUCUCCAGUGUGCAGGUAGAUGUAGUUUAUACAACACCUGAAGUUUUCCUGUGUGCUUGCGCACAGUAUAAAUGUCCUUUGUGUGUGUGUCAGAGUACCUACUGCUUUGGUCUUGACUAAACUCAGUCAUACAAAUAAUAUUAGCGGUCACCAAUGUGACGUUUUCACCAAAUCCAUCAUAACCAAUAAGCAGUAAUGUUUUCAGAUAGCUUUUUAUCGUUUACUAACGUUUUUUCAACCUUAAUACACUACAUUAGAAAUUAAAAUACAAGGGUUUAAGAUGACAGGAUACCUGUAUUUAAGGUGAAGUUCUCUGGAGGAGUGCCUUGAACAUAGCUUUUUCUGUGAAAUGAAGCAUGUCCAAAUCACAGAUUUUAUUUCAUGGUGGCUUGAGUGCCACUUUAUUUUUUUAUGCUUUGCAGACACUUUUUUUGGUUUACAUUUGAAUGCCCUUGUAGCACUGCACUAUUAACACAGUAUAUGCUUUUAUUUAAGGAAUAAAAUCAUGUCUUUAAUCAUUGUUUACUCCACCCUUGUGAAUUUAGAACGCCAUAGACGUGAAAUGGACAGUUGCCUUGCGAGAACAGGCAGUUGAUGUAGCUACAGUUAAUAAGAGAGAACAUACAAUAAAAGUCAAAACCCACUCAUUGGGCAGUGGUUAGUGUCAUAGGCAUAGAGUUAGAAUUCAUAGAAUUAACAUUCCAAUUCAAGUCAACGUUCCCCAAUGGAUGGAUCAAUUGAAUUCUCAUUCUAUAUUUGUAGGUCUGUUCUUAGAGGGGAGCCAGUAGUGUCCAGCUCAGAAUGUAGCAGAGGCAGGUUUACCGAGCGAGACUUAAAGUGCAAUUUCACCCCUCCACCUAGCUUUUGUAGUGGCCUUGCCACAAGCCUUAUCCAGGAACCUGCAACGGGAGCUAGUUUCUUUUGUUGCCUUUUUAGUUGAACGUAAGUUACAAAUCACAAAGAAAACACUAACUGCAUUUACAACUGCAAAAUAUUUUCUGUUGGGCCAAGAGCAUGGCUCCUAUUAUUAAACACAUGUGAUUUAAUUAGUGGAAUUACCAGUUAUUUACUCGUCUAAAGUAUUGUUUUGUGUUUCUUGAGCGUGAUGUCGACGCUGCUAGUGUGUCUGGUGGAUCCAUUAAGAAGGAAAGGAGGAGUUAGGGUGUGUAUCUCGUGGUACUUGAUAACACGACACAAGAUGAUACGCAUCCCUCCAGUAAUAAAUACCCUUUUCAGAGGAUAAGUUUUCUCAAUGAGAUGUUCAUGUGAAGCAGUGUUAUUAUAUUGCCUUGUUGACAUUAUUAAAUGAUGUAUCAUUUCCCAGGUGGUUUUUGAUACCCUGGCUUUCUUCUCUUUAUGGUUUUGAGUGUUUGAUUCCUCUGUUCAGAAUGAAACAUGCUAAAUGCAGAUGGAUACUUGAUUGGGGUGAAUUGCACAUGGCAUGACCUGUGUUCUAACCAUAGCCUGUAUGAAAUGGGUUCCAACCUGUAAAAAUGGGUGCCAUUUAGCAGACGCUUUUAUCCAAACCGACUUAGUCGUGCGUGCAUACAUUUUUACAUAUGGGUGGUCCGGGAAAUCGAACCCACAAUCAUGGCAUUGCAAGCACCAUGCUCUACCAACUGAUCAAUAUGUAUCCCAACAUACCUGUACAUAAUGGGAUUAACCUCCCCCUUAUCCUCCUGACCAUUGAAAGAGCAGCUCAAUUCAAGAGCAGUUCAAACUGUUCAAAUAUUUUCCAUACAGCAAGGUUAUUAUACCGCCAGCUAGAAAUCUCACAACCACCACACCAGUUAAAGGUUGCAGCACUCCAGUCCUGUCAAGCUGUGAAUUGUACAGUUUUCCUGUAAUUAGUAUUUGUACAUUUUCUUUGUCUGUUUUGAGAUUUCACAUCAGUGUUUGUUAUUCCAUCAAUUCGGUUUGAAUUGGGCUUUUAUAGGAUAUUAUGCAGUCUUCUGCUUUGGUGAAAUACUUCUAGUAGUAAGAGAUUUCUGUUCUCUGUUACUCGUUGUAGCUAACAAGUAAUGCUACACCUCCCUGUCUGUUAUGCUUAGUGAGCAGAGAACCUCUGUUGGAAUAUUCACUGGGAGGCAACAUUCAGAUCCAUAGAAAUGGAUUGUAUAGAGCCAAUAUGAUUAUCUGAGGAAUAGCGCACUGUGCUUCUUCUGAUCAUUGCAUUUCUAUCAGUUCUGAGCAACAUUGCCUCCUGUUGAAUAUGCACCCCCUGAUGGAAGGCUUGCAAUAAAGCUCUGCGUGGGAUUUGCUUCUGCCUGCUGUGCAUUUCCCACUAUAUUACCUUACCAACCCAGUCAGCCCCACUCUAAUCACAAAGACUGUACGUGUUUAAAGAGAAAUAAACAUUAUUUUGUGCUUGA